CAUCGACAACCACCCACCAUGGCGCCCCGCAGCUACUCGAAGACGUACAGCGUUCCAAGGCGUCCUUUCGAGUCCGCUCGUCUGGAUACUGAGCUCAAGCUCGUCGGCGAAUAUGGUCUCCGUAACAAGCGCGAGGUCUGGCGUGUCCAAUUGACUCUGUCCAAGAUCCGUCGUGCUGCCCGUUCCCUCCUCACCCUCGAUGAGAAGGACCCCAAGCGCCUCUUUGAGGGUAAUGCCCUCAUUCGACGUCUCGUCCGUGUCGGCGUGCUCGACGAGUCCCGCAUGAAGCUCGAUUACGUCUUGGCCCUGAAAAUUGAGGAUUUCUUGGAGCGCCGUCUCCAGACCUGUGUAUACAAACUCGGUCUUGCAAAAUCCAUCCAUCACGCCCGUGUUCUCAUCCGCCAGAGGCACAUCCGUGUCGGCAAGCAGAUCGUUAACGUCCCAUCCUUCGUCGUCCGUCUCGACUCCCAGAAGCACAUCGACUUUGCUCUGACCUCGCCCUUCGGCGGUGGACGCCCUGGCCGUGUGAGGAGGAAGAAGGCCAAGGCCGCCGAGAAGGGUGGUGAUGACGAUGGCGAUGACGAGGACGAGGAGUAGUCCCUAGGCUAGUAGUCUUCAUGGUAUGGCGUGUAUCAUCGGAGUUGGUCAUGACGAAAUAAAUCCUUCAGGUAGUUUCUCUACCUUCAACUUCGAAAUACUCUACAUCGGUUCCAGAUGGUUAGUGGUUGAUAUGAGUUACGUGUAGAUCUUACCAAGCCAAAAAAAUUCUUCGACUGCCAUCAUGCCUCCUAUUUUCAGUCUGUAUUUCCUCCCCCUGUUGAUGAGGCAACUGCUAUAGUGACCAUAUUCUUAAACUCGUACUUAAUCGAUUC